ACCAGACAAUGGGAGUAGCUGAGCCGUGCUGCUGCAGCGCCAAGUACUACUACAACUGCUCGCCCCUGGGAGAGAACUACGAGGAGACGAAGAGGGAGAACCAGCAGCAAGAGGAGGAGGUAAAGAAGGAGAGGGAGAGGAAGAAGAGGAGGCAGACUUGUUCUACCUGCAGACCUCCCUCCCUGAGCAGCAGCAGCAGCAGCAGCAGCAGCAGCAGCAGCAGCUUCACCGGGAGUCCCGCAACAGCCGGAGAGACGCACGGAUCCAGAGCGGCCGCCCCUGGGAUACAUGUGAGAGGAAAGCUGCACAUGUGAGAAGACGCGCUGCUCUGCGUGGCUCUAAUCUGAGUGGAGCGUGGAUCUGGGGGAUGUAACGCACAGUUUGUUUGUUGUUUUUAUUUUUGUGGAGACAGCAUCAUUCACCCCGCACACAAACAGCCUGUGUUUUUUUUUUUUUUUUUUUUAUUGUCCAUCUCUGAAGGAAUAUGUUUUAUUUCCCUUUACCCCUUUUUGUGGAUCGCACAGACUGGACUUAAGAGUAAUCGGGUGUAAUUGUGUGUUAAUUACCAGCAGCCCCUGAGCUGCUCUGAGGACCCCCACCACCCCCUUCCCCCCUUCCUUCUCUCCUUAUACCAUUCCCCCCCUCCACCUCUUCCUCCCCCCUCAAAACAGAAAGGUGGACGAGCUUCCUCCCCCUGCAGCCUCUGCCUCUGUCCCUGGUCCUGAACACUGAUUCUCGAGUGGAUUUUUAUUUCUUUUAUUUUUUCUUCUGUGGAUUUUCCUCUUCUUCUUCUGCUUCUUCUUCUUCUUCUUCCUGGUCCGCGGUGACGGCGGCGCUGGGGGGCGGGGGGCCGUCGGAGCAUGAUUUCACGGGGAGCGAGGUCAUGAGCAUCCCGAGGCUUGGCUCCGGAGACGACUCCGGGAUCUGAACCACACGCACCGCGAAGGAAAAAAAAUAAAUAAAUUAAAAAAAAAAAAUAAAAACCCGACUCACCUUGGAGGUCACAAACCACAACCACUCAACUCCCCCCCCACUCCCCUCUCAUCCUCUUCCUCCUCCUUUUCCACCACUCAAGGAUUUUGCAUAGAGGGGAAUUCAUCCUCUCAAGAGUGUGGCCCCCCUCUUUUCCUCCUCCUCCUCUUCUUCCUCCUCCUCCACCUCCUCCUCCUCCUCUUCCUCCAGCAACAGCCCCCCCACACUGCCCCCCCAACAAAAUGAGACUGGCAAAAAUGUGCCGACUAAACGCGCUGGGGAUCUAUUUGUGGGAAACGGUAGUGUUUUUCAGCUUGGCGGCGUCGAAAGAGGCCGCGGCGAGGAAAGCUACCACCCCGAUGCCGCCGUCCGAGUUUCUGGACAAGCUCAUGGGCAAAGUGUCGGGUUACGACGCCAGAAUCCGACCCAAUUUCAAAGUGUGGAACAAAGACCCCAAAGGCUCCAAAAAUGAAGCUACUCACAAGAAAGGGCCGCCUGUAAACGUAACCUGCAACAUUUUUAUCAACAGUUUUGGGUCCAUCGCCGAGACAACAAUGGACUACAGAGUGAACAUCUUCCUGAGGCAGCAGUGGAACGACCCCCGGCUCGCCUACAGUGAGUAUCCCGACGACUCGCUGGAUCUCGACCCCUCCAUGUUGGACUCCAUCUGGAAGCCCGACUUGUUUUUCGCCAACGAGAAGGGAGCAAACUUCCAUGAGGUCACCACGGACAACAAGCUGCUGCGCAUCUCUAAAAACGGCAACGUGCUCUACAGCAUACGGAUAACGCUGGUCUUGGCCUGUCCCAUGGAUCUGAAGAACUUCCCCAUGGACGUACAGACCUGCAUCAUGCAGCUGGAGAGCUUCGGCUACACCAUGAACGACCUCAUAUUCGAGUGGGACGAGAAGGGAGCGGUGCAGGUGGCCGACGGCCUGACGCUACCUCAGUUCAUACUGAAGGAGGAGAAGGACCUGCGCUACUGCACCAAACACUACAACACAGGUAAAUUCACCUGCAUCGAGGCUCGUUUCCACCUGGAGCGUCAGAUGGGCUACUACCUGAUCCAGAUGUACAUCCCCUCGCUGCUCAUCGUCAUCCUGUCCUGGGUUUCCUUCUGGAUCAACAUGGACGCUGCCCCCGCCCGGGUGGGUCUGGGCAUCACCACCGUGCUGACCAUGACCACGCAGAGCUCCGGUUCCAGAGCCUCGCUGCCCAAGGUGUCCUACGUUAAGGCCAUCGACAUCUGGAUGGCCGUGUGUCUGCUGUUCGUGUUCUCGGCGCUGCUGGAGUACGCCGCCGUCAACUUCAUCGCCCGCCAACACAAGGAGCUGCUGCGCUUCAGGCGGAGGCGACGACACAUGAAGGAGGAUGAGACGGGCGAGGGGCGCUUCAGCUUCCCCGGCUACGGGAUGGGCCCCGCCUGCCUGCAGGCCAAGGACGGCAUGGCCAUCAAGGGCAACAACAACAACGCCCCGGCCUCGGCGGCGCCCGAGAAGAGCAUCGAGGAGAUGAAGAAGCUGUUCAUCAGCCGGGCCAAGCGCAUCGACACGGUGUCCCGCGUGGCCUUCCCGCUCGUCUUCCUCAUUUUUAACAUUUUCUACUGGAUCAUUUACAAGAUCAUCCGCAGCGAGGACGUCCACAAGCAGUAGUGGAGACGAAGAGGAGGACGAGGAGGAGGAGGAGGAGGAGGACAGCGCCAAGAGGAGGAUGCAGAGAAACGAAAAAAGAGAGAGAAGAUAUCGUUGCCCCCUUUUUUUUCCAGCCGUGCCUCCUGUCCUCGUCCUCCUCCUUCACCCUCUUCCUCUCGACGUCGGUGAGAAGUUGCUUUUUGCAGCAGUCGGACUAGAAAUCGUUUGAAAUAUAUUUACGCUUUAUUUUCCCCUUAAUUUCUUCUUCUUCUUCUUCUUCUUCUCCCCCCGCCCCGAGUCCCACUUCCUGUUCCCGCGUCCUCACACCUCCCGAAUAACCCGGACCAGUGCAAUAGCAAUGCAGUAAAAUGCAUGAUAUAUGAAUGUGGCAAUAUAUUAAAAGAAAAAGAUGAGAGAGACGAGAGACGAGAGAAGUGGAACUUUCUGCAGGGCGCUCCCCGACAGACUGUGCGUGGGGCGGGGGGACGACGACGACAGAAACUCGUAAAGGAUCUUAUGUUUGAUUUUAGUUCGUUAUCUUUUGUGUGUGAAGACGGAUAAAGAUAUAAUUCUACGUGAGGAAGUGAUGUGGGGACGGGGUGGGGGAUGUGCGCGAUGCAUACAGCAGUGUAAUAUACUCAUACGUGUGUCAUAAUCGGAAAAAAGAAAAUAUAUGAACUUUAUUUCCAACGGUGGCGGAGAAAAAAAUAAACCGGAAGGAAGGAAGGAAUGAAGGAAAGGAAGGAAGGAGGAAGGAGGAUCGGUGCUUCCAUUGAAUACAGAUGCAAGGAUCUUGCGUUCUAUAUAUAUAGAUUUGCUUCAAAACGUGUAUUGCAAGCACUCGUCAACGCUUUCCCCCCCACGACAAAAACCUCGAACUGCAGAGACACUUGAGGUCGAGUCAAUCAACAAAAAAAAAAAAAAAAAAAGAUGAAUAAAAUAAGAAAAAAGAAAACGCUGGACAUGCAGCGUUGAAGACGAAUUAUGUCAUUUAUCUGUGGUCCGUGUUCCUCUGACUGUCUCUCAUUUGUCUCACGUUGCUUUUUGAACUUUGAUUUUUGUGCCAAACUGAAGCUCCGUCCUUUUUCUCGCGGAGGGACGACUGACCCGUGUCUUCUGGCCGCUGAGUUCACCGGGACUGAAACAUGUUUACAUCUGAACACAGUGCUUCCUUUCACCUCAAUGUGACGCCCGCCGCCUCCAGCUGUUACACGACACCUCAACGAACUGUUUUCAUUCACCAACACCACAGAGCUACGUAACCACCCGCACGCCGCGCAGGACUCACUCAGCCGUGGGCCACGAUGGACGGGGUUCGAUCUUUCUGCAGAAAGUUUGAUGGUUUUUCACAGAUUAACAUUCGUUUUAUCUUUGCUAUGCAACGGUCAGUAUAUGCAAAUAUGAGUUUUACUUCCUCUUAGCUGCUUCAUCUCACGUUUCCUGUUUCUGUUUCGACCAAACUAAAAUUUGUGCUUUUUGGUGAUAAUGUGAGACGUCUGUACGAACAAAUGUUUGAGACUGAGUCAAUCGGACGUUAGAAAGAAAAGUGCAGAAGAAAGUUUACGUAGUUGUGAUCAAAAUAUCCCAAAGUAUUUCUUUGUUUUGUGUUUUCAUCGAGGUCAAAAUGUGCGAAGAGUGAGAAAAAUGGGAGAAAGUUUUAGCGUGAACAAAUCACAUUUAAAGGUUUAUUGUUGUACUUUGAGAGUAAGACGAGUUAGCCUAGCCUAGCCUAACCUAGCCUAGCAUUAUUUGACCAAGAACAACUAUUUGUUGAUUUUACAUUUGGGUUUGUGCACUGAUUGAACACGUGAUAAGAUGUAAGUUUGUGAAGUUAGUCCAGUUGUUGGUCGGCAGGUAUAUUUUUGAGUCUUUAUGCUAAGCUAGGCUAAUGGCCAACCCAACUACAACUCAAAAAAAAGAAGAACGUGAACAACCAAGGUUUUCUAAAUGAUCAGUGUGUAAAGUACCUGUGGAGUUUGGUGAGUUUGGUGAGUUUGUCGAGUUCGAUGAGCGUGGUUGUGUAGCCGUACAUCAUCUGGUCCAACUUGGUUUUAUAGCAAAACCAAAGAUUUUUCUUUUGUGUGUUUGCCGUAGCUGUCAUUGCCUUUUUGCUGCUUUUAACAUUCGUUCUCAGAGAUGUGUAGAGGAUGUAACAUCAGAUCAUCUUUCCAUUCAGUAGCUCAUCACACAUGGCAGCAUUGAUUUGGUGGGAACAAAUAUUCUAAUAUAUACAACAUAUUUUGAUAUGCAUUUAGCCUCCACACAACAUUUAACCUAUUUUAUCCCUUUAGACCUGCGAGACUUUUUGCCUUUUUAUCUCCGAGCAGAGACUUUCGUUUUAAACCUGGUGGCACAGAAGAGAUCGGUCUUAACGCGCGUCAACAUCUGCGUAAAUGAGAUUUGUUUUUAUUCCAGCGUAAAUUCAGCUUUAGUCGGUUUAGUUUCUGUCAGAGUAUGUUAGACUGAAUCUGAAGGGCUAUGCUACACACAUAUUCUUCUACUCACAUUUCUACACGUUUUGACUUUAAAGUGGAAGUGCCAUGAAAAUAACACGCUUCAUUCCAAAAAAACAAAAAAAAAACUAUGCAUUUCAUUCAUCAGCUCAUUCCCAGGUCACAGUCGUGUGAGGCCAUGAUCACUGAGGACGCUUUGUUAGCUUACGGCAGAUGCAUGUUUAGGACACGUCAAAAAAUUAAAAAAAAAAUCAGCAGAAAGUAAAUUUAACUCACAUUACGAUUCACCAAAAGUUCCAUCAUUAUCCCUCGUAUGAUGCUGAGUAGGUGGCUAAUGUGCUAAUUUAGUAGCUGAUACAUCUGCAUCAACACAAACUACACAUUAAAACCUGCAGAUAUCAAGGAUUAAAUAUCUGAAUUUCAGUGCAUUACAUUGUGUAUUUGCUAGCAAAAGGUAUCAUAAAUAUAAUAGAUAAAAUUCAUUUUGGCUCUUUGCACCAAACAUCCCUAACAUUUGGUUUUUCUAUUGGCUAAUGUUUUAGCUGCGUGGUGUAGUGAGCUAAUCUAGAUUUGCAUAAAGUAGGUAGCUAACACUAAUUUCGCAGCUUUAGGUGAAGCAGAUUUGCAAAAAAAACAUAUUAGCAUCCAGCCCGACGACACCAUAAAACGUCUUAGUAUUGUACAAAGGAAAUCUGUCUCCAAAAUCAUUUACUUAUCUGCCUCAUCUACGCGUCACGUUGUUGAAGCGUCAGCUCCAGUUUUGAGAUCUGUCAAAUUUGGUGCGUUACAGUGUGUGAGUAUGAGUAGAAAGUAGCAUAAAUAUAUAAAACAUUUCGUCUUUUCUCAUUUUUCAUUGCUCAUAUUUCUUGGUUGGAUCAUUUCACAUUCUUCCUUAGUCGUCUUCCUUCCAUGCUAACGUUACAAACAGCCUCCACCCACUGAAAAACCCAAAGACACUAAUAAUAAUCCUGCUACAUCAUGUAGCUUAGCCCUUUUUUUUUCUUUUUGCUAGGCCCGUGUAUUUUGUUGGUGCCCAACAACUUAAGAAGCAGGAAGAAGAAGCAGCACAACAGAAUCGGCACAUAAAAAAAAAAAAGCAGAGCAUAGCAGACACGGUAAUUAGCUUAAUUAGCUUAGCUCGCUUCAUAGCGUCUGGUGUUGCGCUUCCACGUAGCAUUUAUUUAUUGUGCCAAAACCAGCAUACGUAGCUCAAAUGCUAAAAUUAGCUUUAGAAAAUAAAUGUAUCCCCCUAAAAAUACUGAUUUAAUAAAUGUGCAGGAUCAUUAUUUACUGAAAAAGAGACACUGAAGGAUGUUUUUGGUUUAAAAUGGACGAAUCACUGAUGAAGCAGUUAAGACCCAAACUUUUAAACUACAUAAGCUAACGGGAGUUUGGGAUCUCGGUGCCAAAUGAAAGGUCGCACUCUGAGACAUGAAUGUGGACUGCAGCUGUAAAUGAGAAACAGUUCCUCCUCUCUGAUCGUGGCCUGAACCAGAACCAGAACCAGAACCAGAACUCUGCCGGCUCGGUCCAGUUAGGAGGACUUCGCUUUGCUCCUGUGCCAUAAAACCCUGCAGCUGUGAAAUACGCCGGUCUACAGCAGACCUCCAUUCUCCACAACACUACAUAUCUUCUCGUGCCAUAUGGGGUUGAAUAUGCAACAAAAAAAAUAUUAUAUAUAUAUAUAUAAAAUAAAAAUAAAUUAAAAAAACGAGGAGCUACAAGCAUAUCGGGCAUUUAUUCAACCUCCAUCUCAUGGUUCAUGGCCCUGUUUGCUCAGGCGUGGGUGUUUGUGUGUAUCAUAGUCAUAUUAGAGCUUCGUCAUAGGCCGCACAUCAUCGUAUUAAUCAUUGUGAUACUGUAUUGGGGGGGGGGGGGGUUUAGGGUGGGGGGGUGAGACAGACGCUGGGUUUAUAAUCGACGUGACUGAACAACGAAAACGAGGGUUUUCUGGGGAGUUUCUAAAUCCUUCGGUUCUGAAAUGGUUCUUAAAAGUAGCAUGAGUUUGUUUUGUCGAUGAUUAAUGAUUCUACUGGUUUUAAGGGAGGGGGCGGGGCCGGGGGGCGGGGGCGGGGCCGGGGGGGUUGGUUUGAUCCUCUUGUAUUUUAUUGUAUGUAUUGUACAAUCCGAAGCCCCGAGGGGGGAGAGGGACAAAUACAGUGACUCCUGAACUGCUGUGAACUAAAGGAAACAUUGUUCUUCUUAUUAUUACAAUUAUUAUUAUUAUUAUUAUUAUUAUUAUGGUUAUUACGGAUAAUUUAUUUAUUUUUUUGCACAAGUUGGAAUGGCCUUAAUUUUGCUUUACUUGCUUACUAUUGUGUAUUGGCACAAAGUGCACCUGUUUAAUUUGCGACGCUCAUUACGGCGCUUAUAAUCUGAGAGUGCACAUCGAAGCAGGAUGAAAACAUUAAAAAAUAAUAAUAAUGAUAAAUAAAAAAAAAAAAAAAGAAAAGUUCAGCAAAUCCUUUUUAUUUUUCAUUAAUCUGAGAAACAAUAUUUUGCAUGAAUAUAAAUACAAUGGCAGAUAUUUUGGCUUGUACAAAAAAAAAUGUGAAGCAAUUUGAAGAGAAAAAAAAGAAUGUACCAUUUCUGCUGUAUCUGUAUAUAUCUAAAUAUUUAUUGAAAUAUGUCAUACUACUAAUUCUAUUAACGAUUAAAGGUUUUCUGAACAAAAAUCUCUUUACCUGUUUUUGAACAUUGUCAAGGUUGUUGGAGUUGGAUCUUCUGCUUUCUGUUACUCAACUCAAGGAUCUGUGUAAUCAUUGAAGAAAAACUAUUAAAAAUUGCAAAGAAAUCGUG